AUGGCGACUCCCUCGUCCGCGACCGCGCCGUACGGCGACCACUUCGCUCGCAACGACCACUUCACUCACGGUGACCACUUCGCGCGUAGCGAUCACUUCGCUCACACCCAGACUCAAGACCAACAGCCGAGCCCGACGACCGCCGCACCCGUCGAGGCACAGUCGCCCGCAUCGAGACAACGCAUGGAGAAGGCCCUCAUUCCCUUCACGUCCGAGUUCGAGGGACGCAGGUAUACACUCGAUGUCGUGCAACAACCAAAACGUGCGCGUAUGUGUGGCUUCGGUGACAAGGAUCGUCGUCCCAUCACACCGCCACCCUGUGUCCGUCUCAUUGUCACAGACAUUAGCACCGGCAAGGAGGUGGACUGCAAUGAGAUUGAGCACACAAUGUAUGUCUUGAACGUCGACCUAUGGUCAGAGGAUGCACAGAAAGAGGUCAACUUAGUACGACACACUACUGCAACUCCUUCAAUCUCAUCUACCACCCCAGAAUCCUUUGCAGCAGUUGAGGCCCGACCCCAAUUCCAGCCGCUGCUGCCCGGCACCCGCGAUCCGAAUUAUCCUCAGCUGGGCUAUAGCCAAGCGCCGAAUCCUUACAUGCAAGCUGGCUAUGGGCAAGCCUCCUACCUGCCUAGUCCCAACGGUUAUGGGCCUCCGACUCAAUAUUAUCCUGGGGCAGACAUGUAUGGUGGCGUCCUACCAUCUCAGUCUCGAGGCAUUGGAGGCUAUGGACCACCCCACGUCUAUGACCCCCAUGAUCUCCCUAUGGCACAAAGACUUGCAAUGCAAGGGACUCAGCCAUCUGGAAUGUUUACCCGGAACCUCAUCGGUAGCCUGGCCGCCAGUGCCUUCCGGUUGACCGACCCUCUAGAGAAGAUCGGCAUCUGGUUCAUCUUGCAGGAUCUCAGCGUUCGUACCGAGGGCAACUUUCGGCUGCGUUUCUCAUUCGUUAAUGUCGGACGCCCUUCUACAAAUCCCAAUGGACAGCCAGCGAACCAGAACUCCAUCGUGAACACGGGCCAGGCCCCUGUUCUCGCAUCUUGCUUCAGCGACGUGUUCCAGGUUUUCAGCGCGAAGAAGUUUCCUGGUGUUUGCGAGAGCACCGGGCUGAGCAAGUGCUUUGCGUCUCAGGGAAUAAAGAUCCCCAUCCGCAAAGAAGGCGCAACAUCCAAGGGAGGCGAUGACGAUGACGAUUAUUGA